UAUGUGUAGAACCAAGUAAUUGAUCCAUGUUUGUUGAACUGUGUUCCUCGAUUAAAAUCCAAUUUGUCAGUUGGUAAUUAUGUCCUACAUAAUCAAAUAAAUUACCGGGAUCUACUUCAGUAUCAGACAUUAAGUGAACUGGUUUCAGAUGAUGGAAGACUUACUUUUACAAAUCGCUAAUGAAGCAAGUGGCCAAAAGUUUACCGACUUGAAGAAAGCAUCACAGGAUGCAUAUGACUUUUUGGAAUCCCAACAAGGACUAAUUAGAGACCCAGCACAUGAAUUACGAGCAAAAUGUCUUCAUGCUUUCAAACUGGCUUUGGAAACCAAACGAAGCAAGUUUGUUGCAUUUGGACUCACCGGUCUUCACAGGUUACUACGAGAUGACCGUUUCCAAUCCAACUUUGAACCCGAAGAUGAUUCAUUGUGGCUGCCAUCACAACUACUUCAUGCGAUAUCAUCCUUUCCCUCCCAGUCAGAUGACACCCAAGUAGAUAUGUUGAAGGUCCUACUCAAUGUGGCUUGUUCGUCAUAUUGGACCAUGAACGGAAGAAUUAUCAUCCAGAUAUUAACCUUGUGCAGUGAAGCCUACGAGUCCGGCAACCAAGCCAUCAGAACAGCGGCUCAGGCAGCCACCAGCCAGACUUUGCGCUCCUUCUGUAACAUGCUGGAUGAAGAAUCCCAAGAAACCAUUCAAAGCUCGCAGCUCAGGGAGGUUGGAAGUGGAGGCAUUGACUGCUUCAAUGAAGUGAUUCCUAUCUUACAAUUCAUCUGCAGCAAACUCGACGAAGCCCAGAGCACUGACCGCAGCAGCCACAGUGUUGUGUUCCUACUAGAAUGUCUACACACGUUGGUGUCCAGUCUACCUCAGAGUAUCCACUCAAAUCGUCACUUCACUGCGUUUCUCUGGCAGAAGCUAUGUCCAGCCUUGAUAGCGUUCCUGGGAUCCCCUCGUGUCGACAAGAAGAUAGUCUCACGCCAAGACCGGCCAGCCGGAGGGGAAGCUGAAGUAGGCAGAGGCUCUGGUGGUCUCCCGUCUGCUCCUAGUUUUGACACUUACCAAGCCAAGACAGUCUAUAGUAUUGGCAGUCAGUUGGUGAGACUGGUAGGAUGCGUAGGAUCUCUGCGACCAGUUCUGGAGUCAGUCUACUACCGUAUGCUGCUCUACCCUCCUCCUCAACAUAGGCUAGAGGCACUCAAAGCCUUAAGAGAACUUCUCCGCAGCCCUAGCAGGAUGGUGGACUUUGCUGGACCAAUCUUGGUGGAGGAUGAGAAGGGCUGUCAACAGAGUGAUAUGGCAUUGACUAGACUAGUGAUGGACUCCAUAGAGGAGUGUAGCCAGUGCAGUGACCCGGCCAUGGUGCACACCAGCGCCUCCUGUAUAGUUGCUAUGUUAGCUACACUGCAGGAGCUGUCCACUGGCAAGGGAGUCACCACCAAGUACAUGGACAAGAUCAACGCAUUGUACCCAACACUCAGACAUUGCGACUACAGAGGUGCCCUGACGUAUGAGAGCAUGGCCAGACUGCCCCACCUGUACCUGGAGAAGGAGAUGAACAAAGACAACACAGCUGAUGAGCAGAGUGACAGAGAGAGCAGUAGUAGCAGUGGACACUCGUCUGGGCCUACCGAGGGGCCGGAGGAAGACUAUCAGAUAGACUCUGAUAUGGAUGAGCUGGAAGCUGAGGCAGAGAGGAGAAGAGAGGAAAGAGAAGCGCAGAGGUUGGAGAAGCUACAAGAGGCAAAGACAAUGCAAGAUGAGGACACUCAGUUUUUGAUGCCAGCAGAGUCAAUGGAUGGGGAGCGCCACAACGCCAGAUACUUCAUGAGUACCCUGGUCAACCUGGUUCCUUCCUUACUGCCUCUGAGGUCAUCCAUCCAGGUGGACGAAGCACUUCAGGAGUUUGCUUCUAAAUAUUGUCAAGAACAAUACGCAAGAAAAGACUUUAAUGGUACCAUCAUGAACGCUGAUGGCAUCUACCUCGCAACCUACGCCGCUCUUCUGCUUAACUUGAAGUUAAUACAACAAGGAUACUACGACAAUGACACAAAGAACAUUCCCUUGAAUGAGAUGGAGUUUGUACAAGAAGUCCAUGACAGCGGAGUGUUGGUCUACCUUAGUGCUACAUGGCUGUCAGAGUUGUAUCAGCUGGUACUCACUGUCUCUCCUCUACAGAACUACAGUCCAGAGAGUUCCGACACUCCGGCGCUUAUAAACUUGUUAACAGACCUGGACGGCCUAGGCAGCAGUCAGCAAGGUGGACAAAUGCUAUCAGACUUCCAGAAGCUAGAGAGAGCAACAACGAGAGUGGAGGUCAGCCCAGAGGUUGAGGCAGGUGUGAAGUUGUGUCGACGAGUUCUUACGUGCAGUUGGGACUCGAUGUUGACUGUGUUGUCUGCACCGCUGAAGGAGCCCUCUCUGUCCACCAAGGGCUCUCGCAAGGUUUCUGCAAUGCUGCUGCUCAGCAAUGAAGCAGCCAAAGAUGCGCUGCGUAGAGACGCAGUUGUCUGCAGCCUCGAUGCGUUGCAGCGUGCGGCAACUCUCAGUAACGUUCUCGGAAUGCAGAGCAGGUGUGGAGGGAUAUUCUCUCUACUGGCGUCUGCCUCAUGUCCUGACGAUGGUGAUGUUACGCUGUUUCCCCAGCAGAGUUCUCCACUAGCUUUGGCUCUCUUGCAGAGACAAAAGAAGCUGCACGCCUCUCACGCUCUCAGCAUGGACGUUAUACUGUCCCGAGGUUUGGAGCUCGGCAGUCACGCUCCGGACUGCUGGAAGCAUGUUUUCAGAUGCUGCCUCCAUAUUAGUCAGUUGGAACACAGAUUCUUCUCCCAGUCCAGUCAGCCCCCUGGCCUCUCUAUGACCAAGAUGACCUCCAACGCCAAGCCUCCCUCCACUUCCAGCCUAGACAAGAUGUCUGCCGCGGACAGACUCCAGUUCAGCUUCACUCCGGACGACGACGAUGAAGUGUGGGUAGAUGUAUACAGUUUCUUGGCUACCAGCAACACAGCAAUCACCACACAGACUGUAGCAGAGCUGAUUUGUGAGAGCAAGGUAGACAGCACAUCUCAUGGCAUUCUCAGUCAGGACUAUGCAGCCAGGAUCAUAUGUGUCCUCUCUCAGGCUGUGGACAAACUGUUUGAAGAAGCAGCACUAAAGCUGAAUCUGCAGGCCCUGACGAGCUUCAUGCAGGCGUUGUGUAAGGCAUCUCAAGGCCAACUGUUCUCCCGCCACCCUCUAGCCCGUGUAGGGCCCCAGGGGCCCCGCAAGUGGUGGGCCCCAGUGCGGCUGCCUCGGCCGUGGGCCCCUCACGAUGCAGACACCUCCCUGCUGCUCACACGAGUGGGGCAAGUCAUGUUGAAGACUGUGCGUAGUGGCAGACCAUUGGUUCACAUCAUGAGAGUCUGGUCCAUGGUAGGACCUCACCUGAUGGAGGCUGCCUGUCACAAGGAGAGAGUGAUAUCCAAGAUCGCAGUGUCUUCUAUCCACGACACAGUCACAGCUCUUCUGAAUGAGCAGAAUGAGCUUCCAUACUUCCACUUCAAUGAAGCUCUCUUCAAACCAUUUGAGAAUCUCCUCUGCCUUGAGCUGUGUGACGCUGAUGUUCAGGACCAGAUUGUAAGCUGCAUCUGUGAGUUUGUGGAGGCCAACCAGAACGAGAUCAGAUCAGGCUGGAGGCCACUGUUUGGUGCGCUGCGUGUUGUCAGCAGCAGUCAUCUCGGCUCUCUACUGGAUGUGUUCAGAGUGUUCCUAGACACAAACAACACGCUGGUGUUCUCAAACGCUGCUGUAGACUGCAUCCUGUGUCUGCUCAAACAUGUCAAGGGCAAUGACAACAUGUCAGAUGAACUGUCAGAGGAAGGCUGUAAGGAUGACAAGUCCCUGGAACUGUGUAAGGCAGCUCUUAAGUAUCUGCACCAGUGUAGCGGCAUUCUGGGCUCCAUGUACAACAUGCCUGCCUGCCCCAUGUUCCACACAUCUCACAGGACCCAGAUGACCCUGUCGCCGCAGAGAGUGGACCCGAUCAUCCCACAGAUGGAGCUCAUGAGGCUAGACCCCGAGGUGGAGGUCGGCCCUACGGGGGAGCUGAGCUACUCUGCCCUAAGUGUGGGGGGAGAGUGUCACGACGUGAGUGCCAUGGACCGGCCCAGCGGAGUACUACGAGUGUGGGUGUUGCUGCUAGAUGGACUGUGUGGAGCCACUGUGGCUGCUUGUCCUCAGUACCAGAGUCACAUACUGGACACUCUGUUCACAUUGCUGAGAGAACUGCUGGUACACCCUGUGAGUAUCCAGGUGUUGCGAGUGUGGGUGUUGCUGCUAGAUGGACUGUGUGGAGCCACUGUGGCUGCUUGUCCUCAGUACCAGAGUCACAUACUGGACACUCUGUUCACACUGCUGAGAGAACUGCUGGUACACCCUGUGUGGGUGUUGCUGCUAGAGGGACUGUGGGGAGUCACUGUGGCUGCUUGUCCUCAGUACCAGAGUCACAUACUGGACAUUCUGUUCACACUGCUGAGAGAACUGCUGGUACACCCUGUGUGGGUGUUGCUGCUAGAGGGACUGUGUGGAGCCACUGUGGCUGCUUGCCCUCAGUACCAGAGUCACAUACUGGACACUCUGUUCACACUGCUGAGAGAACUGCUGGUACACCCUGUGUGGGUGUUGCUGCUAGAGGGACUGUGUGGAGCCACUGUGGCUGCUUGUCCUCAGUACCAGAGUCACAUACUGGACACUCUGUUCACACUGCUGAGAGAACUGCUGGUACACCCUGUGUGGGUGUUGCUGCUAGAUGGACUGUGUGGAGCCACUGUGGCUGCUUGUCCUCAGUACCAGAGUCACAUACUGGACACUCUGUUCACACUGUUGAGAGAACUGCUGGUACAUCCUGUGUGGGUGUUGCUGCUAGAGGGACUGUGGGGAGCCACUGUGGCUGCUUGCCCUCAGUACCAGAGUCACAUACUGGACACUCUGUUCACACUGCUGAGAGAACUGCUGGUACACCCUGUGUGGGUGUUGCUGCUAGAUGGACUGUGUGGAGCCACUGUGGCUGCUUGUCCUCAGUACCAGAGUCACAUACUGGACACUCUGUUCACACUGCUGAGAGAUCUGCUGGUACACCCUAUGUGGGUGUUGCUGCUAGAUGGACUGUGUGGAGCCACUGUGGCUGCUUGUCCUCAGUACCAGAGUCACAUACGGGACACUCUGUUCACACUGCUGAGAGAACUGCUGGUACAUCCUGUGUGGGUGUUGCUGCUAGAGGGACUGUGUAGAGCCACUGUGGCUGCUUGUCCUCAGUACCAGAGUCACAUACUGGACACUCUGUUCACACUGCUGAGAGAACUGCUGGUACACCCUGUGUGGGUGUUGCUGCUAGAGGGACUGUGUGGAGCCACUGUGGCUGCUUGCCCUCAGUACCAGAGUCACAUACUGGACACUCUGUUCACACUGCUGAGAGAACUGCUGGUACACCCUAUGUGGGUGUUGCUGCUAGAGGGACUGUGUAGAACCACUGUGGCUGCUUGUCCUCAGUACCAGAGUCACAUACUGGACACUCUGUUCACACUGCUGAGAGAACUGCUGGUACACCCUGUGUGGGUGUUGCUGCUAGAGGGACUGUGUAGAGCCACUGUGGCUGCUUGUCCUCAGUACCAGAGUCACAUACUGGACACUCUGUUCACACUGCUGAGAGAACUGCUGGUACACCCUGUGUGGGUGUUGCUGCUAGAGGGACUGUGUAGAACCACUGUGGCUGCUUGUCCUCAGUACCAGAGUCACAUAUUGGACAUUCUGUUCACACUGCUGAGAGAACUGCUGGUACACCCUGUGUGGGUGUUGCUGCUAGAGGGACUGUGGGGAGCCACUCUGGCUGCUUGCCCUCAGUACCAGAGUCACAUACUGGACACUCUGUUCACACUGCUGAGAGAACUGCUGGUACACCCUAUGUGGGUGUUGCUGCUAGAAGGACUGUGUGGAGCCACUGUGGCUGCUUGUCCUCAGUACCAGAGUCACAUACUGGACACUCUGUUCACACUGCUGAGAGAACUGCUGGUACACCCUGGUUUUGAGUUUGGACUGUAUUGCAUCAACCAUCUGCUGUUGCCGAUGGUACAGAACUGGCUACGCAAGACCAGUAGACAGUUCCGGGGAUGGGAUAUCUACAGUGGCAACUUCAAGCAAUGCUGCGGCCUAACUACUGACUUGGUGGUCAAAUACCUCAUCCACCUACAUGAAGCAGACAAGAGCGAGUAUGGCAAUUUGAUGCUGAAGCAACUUGUCUUGUUGAUGGUGGAGUGUGUAGUACAACCUGUGGAAAGUAUAGCAAGACUCGGCUGUGCCUGUCUAAGACACAUUGUCCUGAGUGCAGCUCCGAUCCUCAGCACUUGUCAGUGGGAAGUGAUGUGUCUAGGGUUACACAGAGCUUGUUCUCUCUCCCUGUUCUCUCUACAUCAGCUGAUGGCUGCCUUCCGCCCGGGGUCUCACAGCUUCUACGGGGACGGAGCUCAUGUCAAGGUGGCCGCUCGCAGGGACUCGACCCCUCAGGAGUCCGAGAGGCUGAAACAACUAGCACAACAGGUUUUCUUGCUGGAAGGCCAGAGAGGAGACUGGGCUGACGAAGGCUCUGAUGAUCGCAGCUACUAUCUCCUGCUCUACCCUCAGGACCUGGCUCCCUCAGCCAACCCGGAGCAUUACGUGGUCCGGGUCCCCUUCAGGAACCUCCUCGUGGGACUCCUCUCUCACCAGAUGCUGCUGCAGACUGUAGGCUGCCUGCUGAUACAGGGAACACCUCACGUCAUUCCUAGCCUAGCCAAUGUUCUGCUGCAAUCCCCAUCAGGCACCCCACAUGACAAGAGUAACAACGUGGAUCACACUUUACCAGGCAUGAUGCCUUACAUGAGUCAACACCACAUUCAAACCCUCCUGGCAUGUCUGGAUCUUUCAUACGACGCUGCCAUCCAGUUUGACACAAGACCCGGCUUGAAGUUCUUGAUCCAGAAAGUAGCUGGAAUGGAAAGAGCAGCAAACUUGUACCGUCAAGCCGGAGCUGCUUGGAUAUUGAAGGUCGUAACACUCUUUGACCUGAGCCUUCAUGAAGUGAAGAAGUCUGGAGCUACGCUAGACUGUGUGAAGAAAAUCAUAGAGGAGGAAGAUUCCAAACUGAAGCAAGAACUUGAAAAGGUCAAAUCAAGCCCUUCGAGCGAAAGAGGGGACAAGAUUAUGGAAACACCACCAUCUGGGAAUUCAGAGAGUGACUGUAACGACAUGACAACAUUCCUGCUCAGAUUGAGGCAGAGCUUUGACAAACUGUGUGACACGUACAUCGACGUUGUACUGGACAAAGAUGGCACACACUCUGCGGUCGAUCGAAUUUCUGAUCAACCCAUAUUUUUCCUGAUCGCGCAAACUGACGAUUUUCCCGAUAUAAAAUGGAAGGAUUUAUCCGACGAGUUGGUAAGUAAUUUUGAAGAGGCUAAAUUAGACGAUCAGGAUUCGGGUGAUGAUGACUCGGAUAGUGAUAAAGAAGACGAAGAAGAAAAAGCUGUACCUGAAAAAGGGAAAGAUUUGACUACUGAUCAAGACUCAAAAGUUCAUGACAAUGUGAAGAAACCUUUUAAAUUUGCUGAUCUGGCUCAGCAAUACAAUGACUCAGCGAGUGAGGGUGAAACAGACACUCAUCCGCAGAAGGAGGAGAGUGUCUACAACGUGGCUGGUGGAAGUGAUGUUGAGGGCCUCAUGGAAGAGUACAAACGUAGAAAACAACUCUGUGCACUGCCGUUGUCAGCUAACGCGGAAAAACGUAAAAACCCUUUCAACCAAAGGAAAACCUCAAUUGAUCCUCCUCUAGUCCCAACUGAUCCUCUUCCACCCGAGAUUGAGCAACAGAGGAAGAACAGCAUUUAUAAGGACAGUGAGGCUCACAUGGCCGUGUGGGCGGAGAUGUUGGUGUCGGUGUUUGACCUGUUGUCACAACUGGACGACUCCAGGUUCCGCACACUGCUGCCGCUGCUGUUCCACGGCGUGCGCUCCCUGACUCAGCACGCCACACACCCCACGCUCAAACACGCCAUCGCCUCGUUCUUCCACAGGGUAGCGCUGCUGUACGGGUUCAGUCCCGAGUAAAAGCUUUACGAGAUGAAGGCUCUUGCAACGGUUCGUAUUUGUUUGUGAGCGAGUUGGGAUGAAAAUGUAGUUUCAGGUGAGUUGGAGUUUUACAACGUUUUUAAAAGUAGCUAUUCAACUUUUUGUGUCAAAGUUUAAUUCUGUGAAAAUGUGAGGAUAAAGGAUAAUUGUGUUUUGAAACCAAACUGUUUAAAACAAGGGCUAAAAUUUGAAUAACCAAUUUUAUUGCUACUCUGAGUAUUUGAUUAUCUUUUAAUUCAUAAGUAAGUCAUCAUUUGCUACCUAUUUUAGUGACAAAAUAAGAUUUAGGAUGGUCUCCUAUAAAAAAAGUAAAAAAGGCAGUGGCGUUAAAAAAAAAUUAAUUAAACUGGAUGCAAAUUACUUUUUUAACUAUCCAAACAUGUAGUUUUAGAGACUAUUGCGGCAUUUUCCAUUAUAAUUAGUAAAAUACCCCUGCUGCAGCAAACCUGCAGACUUAGCGAAUUUCCAUUUGCCUGAUUGGAUUUAAACUAAAACUAGUGAACCUGUGCGGCUCAAUGC